AUGAGGCUAGAGCGCGGGCGGCGGGCUUCUCUGGCGAUCACCCUCAACUUUGUGGCGUUUGCUUUUGCUUUAUCAGCGGUGACCACCAGCUACUGGUGUGAGGGGACCAGAAAGGUCGCCAAACCCUUCUGCACGGGUCCGCCGGUGAAGGUGAAGCAGUCGUUCUGCAUCCGCUUCAACAACUCCAACAUCAACGACAGCCGCUUGGUCCAGUACAUCUUUGAGACCGGGGAGGAGAAGUUCCUUUUGAGGAAGUUCCACACAGGAAUAUUUUUCUCCUGUGAGCAGGCUGCUGACAUGAAUGGUUUCGACUGUCGAGACUUCUCAGAGAUUGCACCAGAACAUGAAAGAGGGGUCCUGUGGUUGUGUAUCGUAGCUGAAACCCUGUACCUCACCCUGCUCUUCACAGGCGGGGCUCUGAUGAUUCUGGAGCAGUGUCCCUGUUUCAGUAUCAUGAACAAACUGAAGCUCAGUGCCUUUGCUGCCUUGUGCACAGCCCUGUCAGGCCUUUGUGGGAUGGUGGCCCACAUGAUGUUUACCACUAUAUUCCAGCUGGCUGUCGCUAUGGGGCCAGAAGACUGGAGACCCAAGACCUGGGACUACAGCUGGUCUUAUGCCUUAGCAUGGGGCUCUUUCGGCACCUGCAUGGGCUCUGCAGUGACAGCGCUCAACAGGUACACAAAGACCAUCAUAGAGUUUAAAUAUAAGCGGCGGAACAUUGAGAAGAGCCUGAUGAUCAAGCAGACAAUGAUAGAGCGGGACCUCCCUGAGCAGAUGUGGGACAUGUACCUGACUGCUGACGCCGAGGCACAGUUAGAACUGCCAGUUAAUGGCCACAAACCCUCCACAGGAACAACAUUUGUGGUUGAAAUGGACAAUGAACCAGAACCACAAGGAGAGGCAUAUUGUUAA